UGGAGCAGAGAUGGAGAAGAGAGCUGGAGUUUUGGGAAGAGGGGGAUUAUUGUUGUGCAGCCUCAAGCUGCAGGGUUUGAUCAUGGACACCAGGGUUGAGUGUUAACGCGGUUCUCAGGGCAAUAGGAACAUCUGCAUGCAGAGUUCAGACUAGUUGUUGUUGUUGUUUAUUUAAAAGAAAGCGCCCCAGGGGUUUAAGGAAGGAUGCACCGCGCCUUUUCGUUUGCGAUGGAACGGAGCCGGUAUAAGGAGAGGCUGGAGGCGACUCUGGCGGGGUUGUGUGAGCUGGAGAUGCUGAAGCAGAGGCAGGAGAGUCUCGUCCUCAGUGCACUCAGACUCGGAGACUCAACCCCGGGCUGCGCGCGCGCGGCCUGGCCACUAAUCCCCCACUGCUUCCCAAGUUCCUCAAACCUGGAGCAGGAGCAGCCAGGAGCAGCAGAACAGCAGGGUUUGAUGGCAGUUCUUCAGCAGCAGGUAGGAGAACUGAGAGUGGAUACAGAGACAGUGGAUCACCUCACAAACACCGGAGAUAGUGGACCAAGUUCAGGUUUCUGUGAGCAGAGAGAGAGUCGGCCUCAUCUGGACUCGGGUGACCUCUCUUCCCGGACCACAUUCCCAAUCCAGUCACCUAGUUCCAAUGAGAGACUUAAAUCUGCUGGAGAUACAUUUGUGACCAGUCGUGAUGGAUUGCAGAACUGUGGGGGAUCUGCAGGACGAUCUCUGGUUCCACGCUUGCUCCCAGUCCCCCAGCCACCUCUGAUGGGUCUGUCAAAGAAAAGUGGAGAGGGGGAGCGCUGGCUUUGGCCAGAAAGUAAUGGAGCAGGAGAUGAUGAGCCCACUGCUGAGGACUACCAUCAGACUCAGCAUGUUGAGACCUACAUCCUGGGUCUGAUCCAGCGUCGUCUUCUGGCCACAAGGCAGUGCAAACCCCGGACCAACAUGAGCCCUGAGGCCAGAGGAGUGAUGAGGCAAAGUAGUCUUUGCCGCAAGGAACCUGUCUUCAUUCCUGAUCACUGCAAGGUCUCUUCAAGCCCUGAGAGACCAACAUGGCCCUCAUACAGCCUGGAAGAGGAGCAGCUUGGGAGCUUUUCCCCUGGAGAACAGCUCCCUGCUCACUAUCCAAGGCUUGAGGAGCAACACCCUACUCAUUUUUCAAGACCUGAAGAGCAACACCCUACACAUUAUCCCAGGCCUGAGGAAAAGCUGUCUACACAAUACCCCCGGCCUGUGCUGUCAGGAGUUCACUCCACAUCUCUGGAUUUCCCCUCUGGAGAUUUGGACCCCAGCAGUAGUGAAGCCGACUCUCCCCAGCACUACCAGCUUCCACACUCGCCCUCUUCAGAAGAGCAAUUAGUCAAUGCACAGUACAUCCCAGCACAACCAUGCCAGGCACCAAUGAGAGCCAAAACAUCUCGUGCCCAUGCUGGCCCCAAAGCUGGCCGUGGUGGUGGCGCUUACUCCCCUGAAAGACCACAGCCCAAGCCACGGGCCAUGCCCAAGAAAUGUCGCUUUAGUGAAGAAAGGACAGCUGUUAAGAAACCUGGACGAAAAGCCUGUCGAUCUCAAUCAGAAAACAGCCUGCUGGGCCAGAAGGGUGUGCCUGAGCGAAAGUACAGCACAGUGGAGCGGGACACAGGCCGCGUUAACCAGUCCAAAUCACGACGCCAGCAAGGUAGCUUUGGUCACCGUCGCUGGCGCUCUACACUAGAGCUCAGCCAGGACGAAGCAGAGCCCACACCAGAGCGAGAGGUCAGACGCACUCGUAGGUCUCGACCUGCUGCACCAUCCUACGUCUACAACCAGACUCCUCAGCACCAUCAUCCACACCACUUCCCUCACCUUCACUCAGACUACCCAAUGCACACCUCAGUAUGCCGUCCAGAGGGGGGCUACAAGCACUCAGGCCCUGGAGAAUGGGAAUCCAGUCUGAGUGAAGGGGAGUCCCCUGGAUCCAGUUCCAUGUCCAGUGAUUCUGAUGAGAGUGGAGGACUGGUGUGGCCUCAGCAACUUGCCCCACCAUUGGCUCCUCCUUCACCCCCCACUCCUUCUGGGGCACCGCUGCAGUCCAAAGCCUUGGUAAAGAUCAAAGCUUCACAUGCUCUCAAGAAGAAGAUCCUUCGCUUUAAAACUGGUUCCCUCAAAGUCAUGACCACAGUUUGAGCUACUGGGCUAAGCAUCUUUGGAGGUUUUUUCUCUUCACUGUUUUGGGAUAUCCUGAGACAGAACAGAAAAGUCUGAACUUGAGCUACCUGCCUCAGAUUAUGGUGAAUCUGAGCCUAAAACCACAAUGUACUGUACAUAUCUGUGUAUGUGAUUUAAA